AUGCAGUGUAAACUCGCCAUCAGCUCCAUGUCGUUGGGUCGCUGCUUUGCCGGCCACUCUCUGGGUCGCAAGUUGGAUGCCGCCCAAAAGUACGGCUACCGGGGCAUUGAGCUAUUCCACGAGGAUCUGGCCGACAUCGCAGAUCGCCUGUCCCGCGAUCCCCCCUCUCGCGCCGGUUCCUCGGCUGCCGCUCAACUGGCUGCCGCGUGCAAAAUCAGGCAUAUGUGCAAAGUCCGGGGCCUCGAUAUUGUUUGCCUCCAGCCUUUCAUGCACUACGAUGGCCUUCUGGACCGUGCCGAGCAUGAGCGGCAUCUGCAAAAGCUCGACCUGUGGAUCAAGCUCGCUCAUGAGCUAGAAACGGACCUCAUUCAGAUUCCCGCGAAUUUCUUACCCGCGGAGCAUGUCACGGAGGACCUGGACCUGAUUGUUGCCGACCUGCGCGAGGUUGCAGACAUUGGCCUCCAGGCCACACCUCCCAUCCGCUUUGCCUACGAGAGUCUGUGCUGGAGCACACGAGUGGACAGCUGGGAGCUCUGCUGGGAGGUUGUGCAGCGUGUCGACAGCCCCAACUUCGGCAUGUGCCUCGACACCUUCAAUAUUGCCGGACGCAUCUACGCAGACCCGGCUGCUGUCUCAGGCCGGACGCCAGACGCCGAGGAGGCUGUGAGGACGUCGAUCUCGGCUUUAGUCUUGCAGGUGGAUGUCUCCAAGGUGUUUUAUGUGCAGGUAGUGGACGCCGAGCGGCUCAGGGAGCCGCUGCUUCCAGGCCAUCCCUAUUACCACCCGGAUCAACCGACGAGAAUGAGCUGGUCACGAAACUGCAGAUUGUUCUACGGCGAGAAGCAAUACGGGGCAUAUUUACCUGUGAGGGAGAUUUCUUGGGCCUUCUUCCACGGUCUAGGCUUUGAGGGAUGGGUCAGCCUGGAACUUUUCAAUCGCCGCAUGUCUGACGAGGGCUCUGAAGUCCCCGAGGAGCUCGCCAGGAGAGGUGCAAUCUCAUGGGCCAAGCUAUCAAAGGACAUGAGAUUCCCGCUGGCGCCCGACGUACCUGCGCCACUCCCGCGGAUAUCAGCAUUGUUGUGA